AUGCCACAACAACGCCACCACAGAAGACACCACACAUGGCCGCACUGCGGCUCAGAAUUGUGCAUGCGUCAGCCACACAACCUAGAUAUCCACGUCUCAAAGCCAGACGCCGGUCCCGCGCGCUACAUCGCGCCGUCCUUCCAGACAGCUGCAAGCGUCAGACAAAACGAGCUACUCUGCGACGACAUGGGGAUGCCAGAACUAACCCGACAACCGAAGAGGGUAUCUCGGCUUUGGUUUCGGUCGAAUAAGGCGCGAACCGGAACCGACCAGAUUGCUCUGUCGGGGUCGACGGGGCAGACUAGGAUUGCUUAUUGGGGUGUGUUGCGGCGGUUGACACGUCGGCCGCCUAUGAUUAAGUCGAGGUCUCUGGUUGGUGUGCCUUCGGUUACGGGGUCAGGUCGGAAUUAUGUGGCUACUGGCAGUGGUUGGGUGAUGUUGCAGGGAAUAAAACAGGACUUUGUUGGGGGGUCUGGUGGAGAUAGACUAGCUGGGGAGGUUGUUGAUGCCGCGAGGAUUCCGAGCGUUCUGAGCGAGAGACGGCAUCGGAGGCGUCAUUCUGAGCAGCCGCGGGCGUGGAGGGAACCGAGUGCUGCGCUUUGGACGGUGAAGGAACAUGAGGAGUGA